AUGGACUUACGAUCAACAGACUCCCGUGAACCGGGCGAGCUCAAGAAGAGCGGACACAUCCCGGGCGCGAUCAACAUCCCGAUCACCUCGAAUCCGGACAGCUUCCACAUCACACAGGAGGAGUUCGAGGACAAAUUCGGCUUCCCGCGGCCGGGAAAGGACCAGGAGCUCGUCUUCUACUGCAAGGCCGGCGUGCGGAGCCGGGCGGCUGCGGCUCUGGCGAGUGACGCCGGCUACACGUCGGUGGGCGAAUAUCCGGGCAGCUGGGUAGACUGGGAGGAGAAGGGCGGGAAGAUUGAACGGUAA